AAAAAAAACCAGCAUAGCAAAGCAAGGGUUUAGGGCGGCGGCGGCGGAUUCCGCGGCGGCCAUGGCGACGGCGGUGCGGCUCCUGCGAAGGAGCCUGCGAGGGGGCGAGGGUUUUGGAGUGGCGCCUCCUUUACGCGACGAUUUAUUUUUUGUGCGAGCUUUUCUUGACUAUUUAUGCGUGUGUUUGUGUGUGUUUUGUGCGAGCUUUUCUUGACUCAGUGCGGUUGAUGCUUUUUUUUUUUUUAAAAAAAGAAAAACUUUGGCGCGAGCUUCUCUUGACCCUGUGCGGGUGGUUGAGGAAGCAUCAGCUUAAAGAUGCAGUCUCGGAGCUCAGUUCGUUCGAUUUCAUCCUUGAUCUUCUUUUCUUCGCUAUGGCCUUCUGUCCGAAUUGGAUUGGGAGUAGCUCACCUAGUGCUGGAGUCUGGGCAGCACCUCGGUUCUUAUCCGCUUCUCAAAAUUUGGUACGACUAGUUGCAAACAACACCAGAUCAGUUGAUGUUGGCCAACCAACACCCCGAUCUCAUCCUGAGUUAUUAGCUGAAGGAGAGAUUACACCAGGUAUCACUAGCGAUGAGUACAUCUUCAGAAGAAAAAAGCUUUUGGAGGUUCUGCCAGAGAAGAGCUUGGCCAUUAUUGCGUCCGCAGAGCAGCAGAUGAUGACUGAUGUAGUGCCAUACUCAUUCAGACAGAAUGGUGAUUACCUGUAUAUUACAGGUUGUGCACAACCUGGUGGUGUGGCAGUUUUAAGUGAGGAAACUGGUCUGUGUAUGUUCAUGCCAGAUACAAGUAAGGAGGAUGUGGUCUGGCAAGGUCAGACAGCUGGAGUUGAGGCAGCUGAGAAUUUCUUCAAAGCGGACAAAGCAUUUCCACUUAGUGAGAUGCAAAAGAUCCUUCCUGAAAUGAUUGAGCGGUCAAAAGUGGUAUAUCACAAUGUAAAGACACUUUCGCCAUCUUAUAAGAACUUGGAUUCCUUUCGUAGGGCAUCACUCAAUAAUAAAGUAAAAGAUAUUGCAUACUACACUGAUGAACUGCGGUGGAUCAAGUCAAAAUCAGAAAUUGGGUUGAUGCGAGAAUCAGCAUCUAUUGUUUCUCAGUCUCUUUUACAAACGAUGUUGCUAUCUAGGACCCAUAGGGAGGAAAGCCAACUGGCAGCUAAGAUCGAGUAUGAGUGCAAAAUGAGGGGUGCCCAAAGAAUGGCGUUCCAUCCUGUAGUUGGUGGUGGAGCAAAUGGCAGUGUAAUACACUACUCAAGAAAUGACGGAAGGGUCAAAGCAGGUGAACUACUGCUCAUGGAUGUUGGCUGUGAGUAUCAUGGCUACCUUAGCGACCUGACUCGAACAUGGCCACCCUGUGGCAGGUUUUCACCUGCUCAGGAAGAACUAUACAGCCUGAUACUGGAGACAAAUAAGGAAUGCAUAAAGCUUUGUAAACCAGGCGCAAGCAUUAACGAGAUACAUAAUCAUUCGGUCAAGAUGUUGAUAAAGGGUUUCCAAGAACUUGGAAUUUUAGAGAAGGGGAAAUCCAUCCAAUACAAUUAUUUGAAUCCAACAGCAAUAGGUCACUCGUUAGGAAUGGAUAUUCAUGAUUCCGUCAAGCUUAGCAAGGACAAACCCUUGGAGCCAGGAGUUAUAAUAACGAUCGAGCCCGGGGUUUACAUCCCACCGGUGCCAAUACUGAAAGAGAACGCCCCAGAUAGGUACCGGGGCAUCGGAAUUAGGAUCGAGGACGAGGUCCUCAUCACCGAGUCUGGUCACGAGGUCCUGACGGCGUCGGUGCCGAAGGAGAUCUCUCACAUAACCACCCUUAUGAACAUGGGUAGUAACUCCAUGAUGGAUGCCCAUGAGCUGAGGGCUGCCUGCAGUUGAGAAGUUCAGACAAUGCUGUCCUGAUGCAUCAUCCCUCUUCCCUCCAGCGAUCUUCGCAUCCAAAUUCCAAUUGACAUUCAUUCUUCGUUAAAGCUGAGAGAUGAAUCGGGAUUAUGAAGGCUCAAGUGGGGUUAUGGUUUUUGAGAAACCCGAACCACCCUGAUCGUCUCAGGGCUGUACGGGUUUUUCGCUGGUUUUCACGAGAAAAACCAGCUGUUUUCAGUGUUUGCAAUUUUUUUUAGCUUUGUUAAGGACUGAAAUUUGUAACAUACUACCUCAGAUUAUGUACAAAUUCAGAUGGUGACAGAAACAAAAGCACGAAAUUAGGGUCACAAGAAGCCCCUGAAAGAACAUGUGAAAAUUCAGACGACAGUAAUCAAAGUUUCUGAAAUCA